UCUUCACUAACCGCAUCUACCUCUCACCUCAAUUAAAUACCUAUACAAUCUUUCCUGACCAUUUGACAUCAGCACCCUCUAUAGUUACAGUCAAUUAUAAUAUCUCAUCCCAUUUCCUCAUCGCAACGCAAAUCCAUUCCCUAAACUCAGUCAAUCUUCUUCUAUUAUCAACAGCAUGUCUCUUCCUACCGACUUCAAUCUCAUCAUCAAUUCAAAUCCUUCCAUUCACGGCUGGGUUGUGAUUGACAAAACCAAUCCUGAGUUAAUAGUUUGUUGUGCUAAUCGUUCAGCGAAUUUCUCCGCUGUCCUCAUUUUUCCGGAGGGGACUCCCAACAUCCCUCCAACUAAUAUCGAAGUCGGCCAAAAGAUAUGGAUCAUGGGACAUAUUUUCAAACAUGAACAAGAUCUUGUUUACGUUGCAGCUACUACUGUCUUUUUCAACUCUGCCGAUACUCCACCUAUAUUCAUCUGA